GGGUUCGAGCACGGCAGUGGGAUGUGCGUUUGUGAAUGUUCAAAGGUUGCCUUCAUAUGUGCCUGUUAUUCUCUGUUCCUCAGCAGUACAUACACCGCCUGGAACACAGUGACUUCAGAGGGACUCACAUCUUUGUCGUAGCUUUCCCCAAAAAAAACGACAGAUGGCACAGCAGGAAUACAAGCUUCUCAGCGAGUUCUUGUUCACGUACAAGGGAUGCGUCUACCCUGUUGACGACACUCUGGAUCUCACUCCGGAAUACCUCGACAGCUUGGAACACUUUGAGAUCAGAGACAGUGACCUUUACGUCAUCACUUUCCCGAAAUCUGGUACAGUGUGGACCCAGCGCAUUGUUACCUUGCUGUAUGAAAACGAUUUCCCAGACAGUGUGGACACGACCACGUACGAGCGCAUGCCCUGGCUGGAGUUCCUGGUGAAAGGCAUGGACUACCCCACGCGCCCAUCACCCAGGCUGUUCUGCUCUCAUCUGCAGGAGCACCUGGUCCCCAGGGGGCUGCGGGAGAAGAAGGGCAAAGUCAUCUAUGUCACCAGGAACCCCAAAGAUGUCCUCAUUUCUUACUUUCAUUUCUCACAUUUCAUGCGCAAACUGGAGAAACACAAAAACUUGGACGAAAUGCUGGAUAAAUAUAUCUCUGGUUGGACUAUUGGUGGCAGCUGGUUUGACCACGUCAAGGGAUGGUACAACAACAGAGACAAGUACAACAUCCUCUUUCUAAGCUAUGAAGAAAUGAUCAAGGAUCUGAGAUCUGUCGUUGUGAAGAUCAGCGAGUUUGUGGGGAAGAAUGUGUCUGAUGCAGCAGUUGAUAAAAUAGUGGAGCAAGUCACCUUUAAGAAGAUGAAGGUCGAUCCUUUGGCAAACUAUGAAUUUCUGCCGGAAGAUGUUAAGGACAAAGAGAAGGGAAAAUUUCUACGCAAAGGAACAGUUGGGGACUGGAAGAACUCCCUUACUGUGGCUCAGAGUGAACGCUUCGACAGAGUCUUCCAGGAGAGAAUGAAGGACUUCCCUCUGACCUUCGCCUGGGACAUCAGCGAGCUUCAUGGUUGAUGGCUCUGUUUCAAGUGUCAUCUGCAGAAUUUACAGAAUAUAUAUAUCUGUAUUGCGUAGUUGCUCGCUGUGUUGCACUCAGUCACUUAAGAAAGCAUUCUUUAAUUAAUUAGAUAGAAUAGAAUGAGUGUAUAUUGCAGAAGAAGGUUUUAACGAACAAAAGAAAUUCCAUAAUUCUAGCGUUCAUUGUGGUACACAAUUUUUUACUGUUAAAUAUAAUGCUGCAAAUAUUAUAUUCAGUGGUAUGCAUAUUGUUUAAAACCAAAUAAAAGGCAUGGUCCUCACAUGUGAUCUGUAAA